AUGCCCCCCCACCUAGCCCUAAUCGGCGCCGGCAUAACCGGCACCACCCUCUCCAUCGCCCUCACCCGCCGCCACAUCCCCCACACCGUCUACGAGCAAGCGCCCCACCCCACCGAGCUCGGCGCCGGGCUAGGCUUCGGUCCCAACGCGGCGCGCGCCAUGGCCAUUGCCGACCCCGUGCUGGGGGCGGGGGAGACGGAGCCGGUGUGGAUUGAGUUUUUGGAUGGGACGGCGGAUGGGGGGGGGGUGUUUGCGGGGUUUGGGGAGGGGCAUGGCGCGGUGCAUCGGGCGAAAUGGUUGGGGGUGUUGCUGGGGAUGGUGCCGGGGGGGGUGGUGCAGUUUGGGAAGCGGUUGGAGGGGGUUGAGAGGUUGGGGGGGAAGGUGGUGUUGAGGUUUGGGGACGGAACUACGGCUGAGGCGGAUGCGGUGGUUGGGUGUGAUGGGGUGAAGUCAAAGGUUAGGGAGAUUAUGGUUGGGGGAGGGGAGGUCGAAGGGGCAAGGUGUGGGUAUAGUGGGAAGUACGCUUAUCGGUGUAUGAUUCCGAGAGAGCUGGCUCUCGAGGAGCUCGGCAUAGAGCGGGUCGAAGUUUCUAGUUUGGGGAUGGGCCACGGUAGACAUGUUCUGACCUUCCCAGUGGGAAAACCGGGAGGAGAGCAGUUCCUUAACCUCGUCGCUUUCGUCACAGACGCGAACAAAUCCUGGCCGAGUCAAGACACCAAAAGCUUCACCCUUCCAGCGACAAUGGAAGAUGCGCUGCGUGACUUUGAGCAAAGGGGCUUUAGCAAAACAAUUCAAAAGCUUCUACAUCUGACAAAAGACAAAAUGGAUAAGUGGGGUCUCUUCGACAUGGCCGACCAUCCGCUGCCCAAGUUCUAUUCCGACGGUAUCCUGGUCAUUGGAGAUGCCGCUCAUGCCAGCACGCCCCAUCAUGGGUCCGGCGCUGGGUUCUGUAUGGAAGAUGUCGCGGUCCUAGCCUCACUUCUCGAAGAGAUCCACGGAUGUGAUGUUGAACCCUACGACGGACUGCACGAAGUGUUCGCUGCGUUCGAUGAGAGCCGCGGAGAACGAGAUCAGUGGCUGGUACAUAGCAGUCGAAGAGCUGCCGAGUUGUACCAGUGGCGCCUGCCAGACACAGGCAAAGAGCAUUUCGAGGCGAUGCGGAGGGAUGUUGAGACACGACAGGCCGUUUGUUGGGGCAUUGACCUUGAGAAGGUGAUACAGGAAGCUCGGGUAGAUUUGAGACGAAGAAGGCGUGCUGCGAAGUGA